UUAGCUGCUGUUUUGAGUCUUUUGACUCUCGUCAAUCCAUUCCGAAAGAAUACAGUCAUAAUCAGUGUUGAUCCAGAACUAUAAUUAUAGAGGCCAAUUCCUGUGUUUCAAGGGCUCUUGUUUGUUACCGAACUCAUUGUUUCCUGUGCAGGAAAUUUUAUUUUAUUGUCCCUGAGAUAUUUGACGCUUCAAUAUGCCGAUUUCUGACGUAUCGCCAGUUCUGAAGCAGGCUUUAGAAGAGCAGAUGAUAGGAACUCCUACUGUCCUCCAUGAUGAUGGAACGACCUCCCCUCCUCCCAUGGCACUCUUCAUCGAUGUCAACGCGUUGAAAGAGAAUUUCGAGAAUUGCAAGAAAGCAUUCGGCGAUGGCUUCCUUCAUGCGAUGGCCAUCAAGGCCAAUCCGGUGUCUCGCUGUAUCAAGAUGGCUGUUGAAGCUGGCAUUGGCAUUGAGUGUGCAUCCAUUGCCGAGGUAAUGCAUGGUCUAAGAUGUGGAUGUCCAGAGGAACACAUUGUCUUUGACUCACCCGUCAAGACACGGCCAGAGAUCGACUACGCCCUGGCACACAAUGUUCAUUUGAACAUUGACAACUGGCAAGAGAUGGACGUUGUUGCAGAGGCAUACAACAAAGUCAAGGAUACAACCAAGGCUGUCAUUGGGGUUCGUGUGAACCCAGUAGUCGGGAGUGGCUCCAUGGCUAUUUUCAGUACGUGCACCGCCACGAGCAAAUUUGGUGUGACGAUCCUGGACGAUGCAGUGCGGGAGAGAUUUAUCGCCAAGGUGUCAUCCACUCCCUGCAUUACAUGCCUGCAUGUCCAUGUUGGCUCCAUGGGCUGUAAGCUGGAGCUAAUGGCCGAGGGCGUUCAGAAAACAGUGCAGCUAGCCCUGGACAUCAACAAGCGUGCCGGAUUUGAUCAAAUCACUGUCUUAGACGUUGGUGGUGGUUUGCCGGCCAAUGUUGAUACUGAGGAAACCACUCCAACAUUUGAAGAGUACGUCAAAGCUCUCAAGGAUGUCGUUCCAGAGAUGUUCCCAGGAAAGGGUCCAUUCAAGCGUGUCAUUACUGAGUUUGGACAGGCUUUCAACUGCAAGAGUGGUUGGAUUGCAAGUCGCGUCGAGUAUGACAAGGAGGUCGGCGACGAAACUCACCUGCCGCUCAUCCACGCUGGUGCUGAUAUUCUGAUGCGUACAUGCUACUUAGCUGACAUGCCCAAGCAUCAGAAACGCUUGUUUGUCUACGGCUCUAACGGUGAUAUCAAAGAGGAUGAUGUGUGCCUCCAAGACAUCGGCGGUCCGCUUUGUUUCUCUGGAGAUGUGGUAGCCAAGCAGCGGCAGCUGCCCAGAGCCAACCGCGGAGACUUUGUUGUGCUGCGGGACUGUGGAGCAAACUCAAUCUCCAUCUUCUCCCGCCACUGCAGCCGCUUGGCGCCACCUGUUUAUGGCUAUGUGGUUGUGGACGGCAAGGCACAGCUGACAAUAUUCAAGGAGUCUGAGCGAGUUGACGACAUCCUUCACUUCUUUGGAGGUGAAAGUACAUGGCCAAGGCAAUCGUAAGAAGAUACCUGUACCUGAAAAGUAGCUGCAGUUCGGUACAUUCUUGUCAAAUUUGUGAAACACAGUCUCUUCUUUUGUGAUCAUUUCUUUUUCUUCCUUUUUCUGGUAUCUUUCUUCGCUUCGUGCACGCGAGCACUCGAGCAGAAGCUUCACGUCACGUCUGAAUCACGAUCAUUAUUUCUGCUCAUAUGGGUUAUUGGGUCUUUAGAAAAGUGUGGCCCUGUCAUUACAGAAACUGUCCGUCGUCAGAAGAUUGCAUACCAGCACGAUGAAACUUAUUUUCUUAUGGUAGCAAAUUAUGCGAAAGCAUUGAAUUGAGGAAAGACUUUACAAUUUUUACGACUGUUCUUUACCUUGUAGUUUGGCAUAGGAGGUUUGUGGUUGUUCCUGGUUUUACUUUCAUUUUACUCGUGAAUUAUUUAAAAGGCACCCGGAAUAACGUUAGAAAUAACAACUUUAUUUACUUGCUUUUUUGCUAGUUUUGAUUGAAGUGGCACCCGGAAUAGAAAUAACUUGAUUUACUUGCUUUUUUGCUAGUUUUGAUUGAAGUGGCAACGGCUGUUUCUUUUAAAAUACAUAAAACUCUCCUCCUCCAACUUUAUCUACUUACCUUUUUGCUAGUUUUUGAUUGAAGUGGCUAUGUCACUACUGACUAUUCAGAGCAUUCUCUCUAGAUAUUCCUUGAAAACGGAGUCGAGUGCAAAGUUAUUUACUUCAUUUAAGGAUUUUUUCUCUUUGGAUUUUCUUCUUCUCUUCCUGAUCCUGCCAUUCGGUCUUUUUUUCACUUUCCUUUGUCCGUUGCUGGCAUGAUUACUUGCGUCUCACGCCGGUUUCCAUGGUUAUUUUACCGCACCACAACAGUAGUUUGACUAAGUUCUGUUGUGCAUUGCUGCUGGUCGUAUACGGAAGGUGAAGUAAUUUUCCAUAUCACA